CCAGGGGCUGGGAUAAUGGGGGCACGGGGCGGCGACGGCAGGAAAAUGGCAGCGGCAGCAGCGGGCGGCAGCGCGGGGUGGCGAGUGGCUCCGGCGCUGACGCUGGCCGCAGCCGCUCUGGGCUUCCUCAGAGUAUCAGCACUUGAUGUGAAGACACCAGAGGAGCUCUUUGUGGAGAAUGGGACGGAAGCAAGACUUCCAUGCACAUUUUCAUCGGGAGAGGUGAUCGGCAGCUUAGCGUCCAUCUCUUGGAGCUUCCAACCAGAGGGAGCAACAACCCCUAUAUCAUUCUUCUAUUACUCUCAAGGGAAUGCGUUCCCUGGGAAGGAGGCACCAUUUAAGAACAGAAUCAGUUGGACUGGAGACCUUAACAAGAAAGAUGCCUCUGUCAGCAUAGCAAAUGUGCAGUUCCGGGACAACGGCACUUACUUCUGCGAUGUCAAGAACCCACCUGACAUAGUUGUCAAGCCAGGAGAAAUCCGACUUAGAGUCGUGCAGAGAGUCAGAGUAUCAGCACUUGAUGUGAAGACACCAGAGGAGCUCUUUGUGGAGAAUGGGACGGAAGCAAGACUUCCAUGCACGUUUUCAUCCCGAGAGGUGAUCAGCAGCUUAACGUCCAUCUCUUGGAGCUUCCAACCAGAGGGAGCAACAACCUCUAUAUCAUUCUUCUAUUACUCUCAAGGGAAUGCGUUCCCUGGGAAGGAGGCACCAUUUAAGAACAGAAUCAGUUGGGCUGGAGACCUUAACAAGAAAGAUGCAUCUGUCACCAUAGCAAAUGUGCAGUUCCGGGACAACGGCACUUACUUCUGCGAUGUCAAGAACCCACCUGACAUAGUUGUCAAGCCAGGAGAAAUCCGACUUAGAGUCGUGCAGAGAGACAAUCUGCCUGCAUUCCCCACUGGCAUGGUGGUAGCGAUAGCCAUUGGUGUGACUCUAGUUGUCUUGCUGCUCAUUGCGGUUAUCGUGUGUGUUGUCAGAAAGAAGAACUCUAAAAAGCAUUACUCUGGCUGCAGUACCUCUGAGAGCUUGAUGUCGCCGGUUAAGCAGGCUCCACGGAAGUCACCCUCCGACACAGAGGGUUUGGUAAACCACGUGCCCACCAGAUUGCACCAGGGCCCAGUAAUUUAUGCACAAUUAGAUCACUCCGGUGGGCGACACAGUGACAAGAUUAACAAGUCGGAAUCUGUGGUUUAUGCUGACAUUCGGAAGAAUUGAGGAGAUCCCAUCAUAUCCAAAGCAAAACAAAAAUUCAAACUGGAAUGGCUUGAAUCAAAUGUGACCCAGAGAACUCACAUGUGGCCUUUGAUGCCUAGGCUAGGACCAAUGCAUGUGAAUACAGAGAGAUAUAUGUGUGUUGUGUGUAAAUAGUCUAUUUAAUCGUACAGAAGUGAGACCAGUGUUGCAUGUUGAGAUGCAGUAAGAAUUGUGCUUAUAAAUGGCCAAUAUUCUUUUUUUGUAUCUAGGAUAAGGGGAGAAAAAGUGAAAAUACAUAACAUGGCAAUUUUAAAGUAUUUUUUGUCUCAGUCGUUAAUGGAGAAACUGGAAGGUGCUAGGGGAUUUUAGAUUUACCUGAUCAUUUUUCAACAGGGUUUUCCUUUUUUGAAGGGAUGGAUAUAAGGGGAAGGUAGUUUCUAUAGGAUAUUUCCUCUUCUCCAUCUAUACAAAUUGACUGCCACCUCAUCUUACUUAUACAAUUAGACCUCUUUGCUCAGAAAACCCCUCCCCAUCUGCAUGGGAGAAGGAAGAGCUAAGUUAUAAAGGAUCUGGUAAAUUUUAGCCAUUUGAAAUGUCUACCCUUUACCCCUUUAAAUGUAUGAGAACUUUAAAUUUAUGUAAUGGUGACAUUGCUCAUAGAUUAAUAGAUUUUUGUGGCCAAAAGGGACCAUUAUUAGCUCAUGUAGUCUGACCUCCUGUAUAUCACAGGCCAUAGAAUUUCAUAUAGUUACUCUUGUAUUGAGCCCAUGUAUUGUUAGAGCUUAAAGCCAGUCCCUUAGAACACAGGGACUGUGGCCCAGUGGGGUUUGUGCAGUGAAAAUAAAACCCAACUUUUCCUAAGUGAGCGAAGGGGGCAUCUAGGAAGCUUCAUAUCUGGGUAACUUGCUUCAGUUAGAUCCUGAUGUGCCCCUCCCUGGGACAACCUUCUUCCAGUGAAACCUGCUGAGUUGUUUGUCCACUUGUAGCAGGAAGCAGGGGCUCUUCUGGAGAGAGAUGACAUUGCACUUUGUGGAAAAGGAAAAGUGAUAAAACUUUACUUGCAAUAAUCUGCCUAUACUGUCUUUCCCUGAAGCUAGUUUAGAGUAAAGGGGAGAAGCGUGAUGAAUGGGACCAUCACAAGCCUGCUGCUAUGAGGACAGGGCCAUCCUUGGUUCCACUGUCACUGACUCUUACUAAAGUCCCAUCUCCUGUGAUCUGCUAGAACAGGAAAAAUUGAAUAAUGCAGAAAGCAUGCAGCCCCACCUGUAUCACUGACAUUAUGGCUAGCUCGCUCUUGUGGGAAUCUCCCAUGUGACCUGUUUAGUCUAGUUGAAGGCAUGUGAGCUAGAGAGAUUCAUUUCAAGGUUUUAGAUCCUCUUUGUUCUUCCCUUUAUAUCUUUAUGAACACUUGCUUAUAUUUCCAAAGGUUCAUUGAGUCCUUCUGGAAGGAAACAAACUGCCUCUUGUAUGUAGUGAACUGCAGGCAUGGUCUGAGAUCUUGUCUGAGCCUGACUAGGGACGUCUUUUGCAUUUAUGGGAAUGUAACCAACAUUCCAUGGCUCAAGUAGAUGGCUCCUAUGAUGUAGCAGUCUUAAAGCUGUAGCCAGCAAGACUUGAUGCUAUAUGGGACUGAAACUAUUUUGAACUUACUUUCCCUUGAUUUGUCUUAACUUUGAAGCUUGUUUAUCAGGAACAGUAACCUGUGUUAAUGGAAGUGGAUUGAUUCUGAUUGAGUGAGCUGUCUUCAGGUUUUACUCAGUUCAGAGGAGUUCAUCAUUGCCUUGUGGCUACUGAGAUCAGACCAGAGACCUGAUCAGUUUUAAACCUGUACUUUUAGCCAAUGGAGCAUGCAGAGUUUCCUCUUGAUUCCCUGCCACUAACCCAGGUCUUUGUCAGUUAAAAGGAAAUACAAAAUUUAAAGGACUUUUAAAAUUCCUCCAGGUUGGCUGCCCUUGUCCAUCUCUGGCCCUGCUGAGGUUUGUGCUGUGUAGGACUACUUCUGAUGAAUGCCUAGUGCUAAGUAGGAGAAGGCAGGCUUGUAGCACAGCUCAGGGAUAAGCAGAAUCCCUUGUCAGGGUAAAACAGGUGUAAAAACUGAAAUGGGGAUGAGGCUAGCAGUUGAUACUGUGUGACUAGGCUUGGAAGGAUUAGAUUUUUAUUGGUAAAUGUCCAUAAACGUUGAUUUCACUGUACACACACAAACUGACGCAUAAAUAUUUCCAUCAAUAAUUGAAAUUUAGAGGUAGGCAAAGUAAGAAAAAUGCUGCUUGAGAACUUAUUGGUUUGAUUUAAGGCUAUAUACUUUGUAUAUUUUGACAUAGGAUGUUGACAGUUUGUGUGCUAAUGGUUAUAAUGCUUUAAUUUUUUUAAAAUCUCAACAUCUGUCAUUAAACUUUCACAGUUGUGGGAAAUUGAGGGAUGAAACAAUUUAAACUGAAAAAAUGCUUAAAACCCAUAAUUGUGGGCAACUUUGAAAAUUUAAAUUGAUAAAAAUUGAAAAAGAUGCUUAAAGCGUUGAUCUUGUCCAUCAAAAUUAUAAAGGAAUUUACUUUGACAUAGCUACAUCUCUCAGGGGUGUGAAAAAUCCUCACACCCCGAGAGAUGUAGCUAUGCUGACUCAACCCUUGGUGUAGACAGAAUUCUUCUAUUGACUUAGCUGCCACUUCUUGGGGAGGUGGAUUACAUAUGCUGAUGGGAGAACCGAGUGUUUACACUGAAGCGCUACAGCAGUGCAGAUGCAGCUGUGCCACUGUAAUGAUUAAAGUGUAGACAUACCCUGAAUGAAGCUAUAGUGAAAUCCCAGACUAUGGUCUGAUCGUAUUAGCAGAGGGGCUCUCAAACUUGGGAUCCGGACUCCUCAGGGGAUCACAAGGUUAUUACAUGGGGGGUCGUGAGCUGUCAGUCUCCAUCCCAGACCCCGCUUUGCCUCCAGCAUUUAUAGUGGUGUUAAAUAUAUGUGUUUUUAAUUUAUACGGGGGGGUCACACUUAGAGGCUUGCUGUGUAAAAGGGGUCACCAGUACAAAAGUUUGAGAACCACUGUAUUUGCCCAUUUUGGAAGCUGUGAAAUUGAAUUAAUUGGCUGCAUUCUUCUCCUCCCCACCACCCCUUUCUGUACUGCAGUCAAUUAUUCAGGGCUUGUCUACACUAUGGAGACUAUACCAGCAUAGCUACAACAGCAGAGCUAUGCCAGCAUGACCCUAUCGUGGAGGCACAGCCUAUGCCGAUAGAAGGGUUUUUCUGCUGGUGUACAAACACCACCUCCCUGAACAAUGAAAGCAUUAAUUUGUCAAUGUAGCUGUCUCUAUGGGGGGGUGGGAGGGGGGCGGGUUAGAUCAGUUUAGCUUUGUUGGUUGGGGUGUGUGUUUUUCGCAUCCCUGACUGACAUAGCUAUGUUGACCUAACUUUUAAGCCCUAGUCUGCACUUCAGAUUUAGAUUGACCUAACUGCAUUGAUCAGAGGUGUGAAAAAUUCAUCGCCCUGAAUGCUGUAGUUGAGCCAAACUAACUCCUGGUGUAGGUGCAGUUUGUCUUCUGUCAAUGUAGGAAGCAUCUGCACUAAGGCACUGGAGCUGUGCCGCUAUAGUACCCAUACUGGAGACAUGCUCCAAGUGUAGACUAAACCUAAGACAGCUGUAUUGUCCCAAGGGCUGUUACAAUGGAGGCAACUCUUGAAUAGCGAGCUGAGGUGAGCUCCGUGGGAACUGCAUUGUAUCCGGGAAGGCAAAUUCUUUAUAAAUCUUGUCUUUACUGCUCAGGGCGUAAUAUGUCAUAGCACAGAAACUAGAGUCAGUACCACAUAACAUUUUCUAGGAGUUUUCCUGACUAUAACUGACCUUGUACUCACUGCAGACAAAACAAGUACCCUUUGGGAUUGCUGCCUUGGCUCUGUCUGCUGCAGGAACUGGUACCUUUUUGAGAGCAAGACUUGGAUGGUAUCACUUCUGUUUUGUUUGUCUUCCCCUCAGAAAACAUGCUGCUGCUUCUUGCUAGAACUGAAAAGCUGGCAAAGCAGCAAAAUUCUGUUUCAACAAUUGAGGACUUUUAACCCUUAGUUGACUGCCAGCAAAUGAGCAUAUAGGUGCAGCCUCCAGAGGGCUGGUGUUGCUUCUUGCUAACUUGGGUGUCCAGCGAAUGAAUUGGCAGCUGUGUUCUUCACAUCUUAUCGCCAACACCCCUGUCCAUGCAUAGGUCAGUGUUUGACUGCAGUUCUCCAGGGCAGAUGACCCAGGGUUAAGGGGGUAGGACAAGGGUAUUUUAGGUGGAGCUUGGAGGAGCUGUUACGUUGAGAGCGUUCCCACAGUAGCAGUGGUCUCUGAUGCAUAAGGCCCAAUCUAUACCUGGAGUGCUCUGUGUUUUGUAGAGUUCUACUGACAUUUCAGUUUGAUGAGAGAAACUGGAAUUAGGUUUUUAAUUUCUUUUAAUAUUCCAGAGUUGUUUGGGUAACCAUCUGUCUUGUAACGUGUGUGUGUGAGAGAGAGAGAAACUUAAAGGCUUCGUUUCCCUAGAGAGUGGACUGUUGAGGUGGUAGGGUGAAGAACCAUAUGAUCUCUAAUAUAAUUGCCUCAGAACCUGUUCUAAACCUUGCUUGGUGUUUACAUUAUUCUUAUAUCUGUCUAGGACCUUUAAAACCAGGAUUUUUCUCUUAUGUAUAUGUGGGGCGGGGGUUCAAGGAGUAUGUUUCAGUCUUGAAAAUGAAUCUGUGGUCAAAGAUCUGGGGAAGUAUCUACAUUGCCAGGGUUGCAGUAAUUUUCCUAUCAUACCAGCAUCUGGGUCUUGGCACACUGUAUGAUAAAGGCCACCAGAAUGCAUCGAAUCAUAGAAAUGUUGGGCUGGAAGGGACCUCAAGAAGUCAUCAAAUCCAGCCCCCUGGACUGAGGCAGGAUUAAGUGAUGGAGAUCCCUAAAUCAUAAACCUCUUUGCUCAGACUUUAUUCCAUUGUGUGUGUUUGUUUUUUUUAAGGCUUCUCUCCUCCUCCCUCUUGAACAUAAGCAACCCCUUUUAUUUUUAAAGUAUUUCUGCACUUUCUAAAACUGGAAUUUAAGUUGAAUAAAGUUUCCUGCCUUCUGGGGGGAAUAUGCUGUGCAGUCUGUUUUUUCCCACAACUCCAAAGCAGCUGCAAAAUGUAAUAUUAGAGACACUUUGGGCAGGAAAACAGGAGCUUUUGGUUCUUGUUUCUGCAGACCUCUAACUUGGAAAGUAUCUUCCUAAACAGUGGAGGAAAGCCCCCUCCUCACUAAGAGGAUAGCGUACCAGUAUCCUGCCUGGUUUUGGGGGUGGAGGAAGCAGGACAAACACCUAUAAAAUGGGUGUAUAAUUAUUGUGGGAGAGAGCCAGGUGUAUACUGCGUGGCCUCACUAUAUAAAGUUAAGGCUGUGGAGAGCCGGGGAUAGCAACAGUGCUUUGUGCUUUGCUUGGACUGAUUCUUUUGAUUUGGAUACUAAAAUCAUACUGUUAGUUUUUCUUGACUGAUUUUAAUGUUUUCUAUUGUAAUCUUGUGACUAUUUUAAUACACUUUUUUCCAUUA